UCCGAUGGGCUUUGGGAAGAUUUCUUGUCGCACCUGCGAGUUUUCAAGGCUCUAUCCGCCCACAGCGAGUCAGAGUGCCGCAUUCCACGAGUCUUCUCGUAUGUUAGCAAGGAUAAUGCAGGAUGGUGGGAUAUGAAUAAGCCAUUUCUCCCGCCAAGCUCGGAAUUCCCUCUUCCCUCGGUGGCAUUGAUUACGGAACGUAUUAUUCCUCUCCCCAAGGCCAUUCGCCAUGCCCUGAUCGAUAAGUUUUGCCCGGAGGGAUUGCGGGAGGCUGCCAAAUCCUUAUAGAUGAAUAAAGACUGUGUCGCUCGUAUAUACCUCGGCCGCCGUCGCUGCUCGGAUGCUCUGCUCUCGCC